CUCAAGUUGAGGUGAGUUGCGGGCCUAUUCAGGCCCAUUUCAUUUUCAAAGGGCGCAUUGUAAUCUGAAUCUCCUGCACGCAGCUCAGCUCACACUCACAGCCAAUAAGCAGCAAAGCAGCUCGGAUUAUCGCAAGCAAUUGCCUUCUUUCACCAGAGAUUCUCUGAUGUGUCUUUUGAUUUCUCUAAGUGGUGCAUCAACAAUCCUGCGAGCGCAGCUGUAGAUUGCAGAGUCUGUGUAAACCAAAACAGCUCCUCAAGGAGCUGAGGUUGAUUGCAGCUGCUUCAGCGAUGUCGGUCUUUGCGCCAAUCAUUGAAGGCAUCAAGGGGGUGAAGGAUGUGAACGGAGAGAUCCAAACUAAGCCCUUUCUGGACGUGUGUGGCCACGUGCUCCCUGUAACUGACAAGUUUGGCGCUGCGUUCACUCUGGUGAAGUCUGACAUUGGUGGAAACAUAUCGCGUUUGACCACCAAGUACGACCAAAACCCGGCAGCAUAUCAACUGCUGUACCCAAUCGUCACAGAAGAAGUGAAGGCUGGGACAGCAACUGGUGGCAAAUCAGACAGUCAGGGUCUGCUUUGGUUGAACAGAGCUAUGGAGUUUAUAGUUGCCCUCUUCCGGAACUUGGAGCAGCACAAGGAUUGGACUACAACACAGGCUGCUAAUGAGGCGUACAAUGUUACAUUGAAGCCCUACCAUGGUUGGAUGGCACAGACAGCUUUCACGACUGCAAUGAGAUUCAUUCCGAACAGGGACUCCUUCUUUGCCAACCUUGGUUCUGGCGAUCUCACUGGCGACAUUGACCAAUUCAUUGGUGACUUCUCGCCUCUCCUGGCUGAAAAUCACGAAUUCUUGAAAAAAAAUGGACUAGCUGACCUCAAGGCUUGACUGUAGAGGCUUCUCCUAGCACCACCCGACGUGGGAUGCAGAUUGAUGGCAACGAGGUUUGCGUUUGGCACAUGUUCGAGAGAAGAAGAGCUUCUGAAUUUAUGGAUCCAGCUGCUGUAGUGAUGUUGCUCUGGAGAUACUAUCAAGCCAGGUACUGCCCUUUUUGCUGUGUACAUUCAAAGAUUUUGCCGACGAGAAUAACGACUGACAAUGAUGAUUGACGAAUAUUCAGCCGCUUUUGAGCUCCAGCAACUUAUUUUAUUAUAGAAGAUUCGUAGACUUGGAGGAUCUGGGGCAGAGUACUCAACUCACCCCACUGUUUAAGCAGCGACAUACUGCGCGCACAUGGCAC